CUAGAACAGGGAUUGGAUAUGUCAACUCAUAGAAAGUCUGAGCUGAGACAUAGUAGAAACAGUCAAAGGAUGCAAAGGGAAAAAAAGGAAGACUGAGCUAUAGUUACAGACACACAGAGACACACAGACACACACACACACACACACACACACACACACACACACACACACACACAGAGCCAAAUGGAAGACCUGCAAGGGAGACAUGAUCUGCUACAUGGACUGACAACAGGCUUGAAGAUAAACUCCUCGGAGGUAACGGGGCUGAUCCGACAGUCUCUGGAGGCUAAGAAAUUUGCGUACUGUCCAUACAGCAAGUUCAGAGUUGGGGCUGCACUUCUGGCCCAUGAUGGCAAAGUGUUCACAGGCUGCAAUGUUGAAAAUGCCUGCUCCAACCUGGGCAUCUGCGCAGAGAGGACUGCCAUCGCAAAGGCCGUAUCAGAAGGAUAUAAAAAUUUCAAGGCCAUUGCAAUAGCCAGUGAUUUGUGUGAACAGUUCAUCUCCCCCUGUGGAGCGUGUAGGCAGUUCAUGAGGGAAUUUGGUGGCGGCUGGGCGGUAUACUUGUCCAAACCGGAUGGUUCCUAUGUGGAGAUGACAGUCGAAGAACUGCUGCCCGAGGCUUUCGGACCAGAGGAUUUGAACAGGAAGAGGGUACACAGUAUUCCAAACGAAUUUUAAGAUUUUAAAAUAAUUUGGUAUAGUUAUAGUGACAUUUUGCAGACCCUUCUCCCCAAAAUAUCCAGUGACACGGAAGCUAAUCCAAGCAUGUAUUAGAGUGGUUAAAGGCAAAGGGUUUUUGUUCGAGGGCCAUGAGGAAAAAGGAUCUUCUGGGAUUCAACACUUCCCAGAAUUAGGAUAAGAGUAAAACAUAUGGUAUGAAGGUAUUUGUAUUAACAGUGGGACCAAUCUUCUGGUGGCUGAUCAUGAAAAAAGUUAGUGGGCUCCAUGUACAACAACGUUUCCCUCUCAGAAAGGGUUCAAAAGUAGCACCCCUUUAGGAAGAUAUGAGAUAUCAAUUAUCGGUUUAAAAAAAAACAAAAAACAAACAAGCAAAAAAACACUCUUUAAACCUGUUUUUCAAGGAGUGGUAUAUGGUAUAUGUUUAUUCAGGCUGUAUAGGAUUUAUUUUAUUUGUGAUUGUCGCAGCAAAAAAUGCUUGAUUUUGUUGCGACAUUUGACUUUUUGGUGCUUUUUUUGUGGAAAACUAUUUGAAACUAACUAAGCUAUUUUUUGGCAAAAUCACAAUUGAACGAAAUGAUUUUGCAGUCUUUCACUGUGAUUUUUGUUGGUAAAUGAGAUUCAGCUUUGGAUGAAUGUGUGUUGUGAUGGCAUCACAUGAUGCGUCUUGGCCCAAAUCUGUGGUGAUUUUGAAAAACUGCAAGCUCCUCCAAAUUUUGGAGCAGUAACGGAUUUACUAUCUUACAUCCUUGUGCUUUUCUUCUUUUUACUGAUACUGCUGUCAAAACGUGAACCAUGGUUUAUUAUUUUUGGUGCAUUUCACAUUUGUAAUAUGAAGAAAAGAAAAAAAUUAUUUCAAUGUACUUUAUAAAAUUUUAGACGGUAUUUAAAGAUACAUGUGUGUGUGUUAAAUAAAGUUGAUACAAUCUCAAAUAA